AUGACGUCUCGUCGCUUCUCGAGCAGCCGUCGCCCCGAGCACAACAACUGGAAGUUCCGACGCAACAGCAGCAGUCGCGGCCGCAAUGUCCACUCCACUGCGUGUUUCCGAGGCGAAGGGUACAACGACCACGAGAGCGUGUACAUUGCAGAAGACGUCGCGGGCAUCUCGGGCUUCCGAACGCCGAGUCAAGCGGGGUUCAAGGGCGUUUUGCAGCACCGGUUUGAUGAAUUUCUCGUGCACGAGCUCAGUGCUCGAUCCAAGAUGCCGGUGGUGCUCCAGAACGUGGCAAAAAGAGCCGGAACGUGGUGCACGUGUUUCAAGAGCGGGUGCUGGAUUUCGUGCUGA